CAGUACACUAGAACCAGCUAAUAAUUGAUCCGCAGUCUUGAAAUUAAUACGCAUUAUUUUAUUAUUAUUAAUUUCAUCAUCAAAAUAAAGAACCAACAAUAAAAUGUGUUAAAUAUUAUUUGCGUUUUCAUACGGAGUAGGUUAAGAAUCAUUAACGUACGGAAAAAGGCAUGAAAUUACUAUGUAUUUAUUAUACUUACAACAUCUCCGAUAAACGCCAUUUCUUUACUAUCUAAACACAAGUUAAUAUAAAGAAAUUAUCAAGUAUAUUUUAAAAUAUUUUCAAUAAUAUUCUACACUGAUGAUCGAGAAUCGAAGAUAUAAUGCACAUGUCACGCUAUUCGAAACAUACAUGCAAUGAAACUGGUUAAAGUAACACCACUAACAGAACAGGACCAAUCAUUGUUCUAGUUUAACAGCUGCUGCUGUUUCGUAUAGUAUCAAUGAUAUUGUUAGAAUAAAUUAUUUUAGCUCUUUUAUUACAUUAUCAUAAGAAAUAAGAGUAUUUAAAAUCAUUUUUUAUUAAAAUGGUUGGUACAGGAAGCGAAGAUAUUCACGAGAGCGUAUUAAAAUUAAUAGAUGAUAUACAUUAUGGUGACAUAAAAGGCACGUAUAAUAUCGUGGUAGCAACUAUGAAGGUUUUAAAAGAAAUUAUAAAUAACACAGAAUGGAUUACUGCCAAAAAUCUUAUGGAUAUCAUAACACGCAAUGGAAAAUACUUAGUAGAAGCAAUCCCUCUUGAAUUCUGUAUUGGAAAUAUGGUACGAAGGAUUUUAAAAAUAAUUAGAGAAGAAUAUACUUCUGAAUUACAAAAUAAAACUGAAGAAACAGAUCCACAGGAAUCCUUGCAUAAAAUUCUUACUGCAGAGGGUGAUCAACAAAUUGACUUCAACAUCUCUGUUCCUUCUUUGAAAUCUGCUCUUAUAGAACAUAUUAAUGAAUUUGAAACUGAAUUGGAGACUUGUGCAGAAAAUAUUACAUGUUUAGCUCCUGAACAUAUUCAUUCUAACGAAAUUAUUAUGACAAUUGGUAAAUCUAAUUUAGUAGAAGAAUUUUUUAAAAAAGCUGCUGCAACUAGAGCAUUUGAAGUUAUAGUAGCUGAAAGCGGACCAUCUUUAGAUGGACAUGAAAUGGCAAUUAAUCUUUCAAAAGCAAAAAUUAAAACUACUUUAAUAUCGGAUGUAGCUAUUUUUGCAAUGAUGUCACGUGUAAACAAAGUAAUAAUCGGUACGCACACAGUCAUGGCGAAUGGAGGGUUGAGAGCGAUUUCAGGUUCACAUCCUGUUGCUCAAGCAGCAAAACAUUAUUCUGUUCCAGUAAUGGUAUUAUUACCGCUAUAUAAGCUCUCUCCGCUAUAUCUUUGUUCUCAUGAACAGGAUGGAUUUAAUAAACAUGUUUCACCGUUGCAAGGUGUAAUCAAUAGUGCCAAUGCACAUUUAUUAGAAAGAAUUCAUGCUUAUAAUCCGGCCUUUGAUUAUGUUCCACCAGAAUUGGUUACAUUAUUUAUUUCAAAUACGGGUGGAAAUGCACCAUCAUACAUUUAUAGAUUGCUUAGUGAAUUGUACCAUCCAGAUGAUUACGAGUUAUAAAUAUGUCUAUAAUUAUAUUCUAUGUAACAGUUAAAUCGGAAAUAACGCACAUUGUUUGUAAAAAAAAAGUCUUUUUAUAUAUGUUAGGGCAGUAAGUUAUUAACCCAAGAAUUCUUUUUUAAGUAACAGAAAUAUCUAUUUAUAUAGUAACAUUUGUACAAGGAGAUAUAAAUUUAUUUUACAAAAUGCAUUUCAAUAAUUAUGCAGACUUAAAAAUAU